AUGCAAGCCGCGCGGGAGUCAAGCCGGCAGAGGCGGAACAUCAAGAGGCGCAACUCUAGGAAGAAGUCUUUGUCGCCGUCGGACUUGAAAUGCGGCCGCGGGGACUCGAAAGCCGAGAGCAAGUUGAGCGGUAAGAGAUCGCUGUCAGAGGGCUCGGUGAAAGUGAGGCACAGGAGGAACGUACAGAGAACUCUGACGCACCCGCUAUAUAUGGACGACGUGAGAGAUGUCAGCGUCGAAACGUUCGGCGCAAAGGCGGGCGGGCCCCCGGAGAGCGACGAUUCGAAUCUGCCGCCGACCAGCAGUGACAGGGACACGGAGGAGGACGUGAAAACGCAGGAUGCAAGGAGGCCCCUACCCCAGCGGCCGCGGUGGGACUCGGGAAGCGAGAUGGACUCUCUAAUCUCCAUCGCCGUGAGGAAGGCAUCGGCUCGGCGACGCCGAACGCCUGCUAACCCAGAUUGGGGCGUCCACAGUGAGCCGGGCGAAGCGAGCGAGCCGGAGGCCGGUCGCAUGCGUCCCGAGGACUACCGCCUCGUGUUCCUCAGCUCGGACUCCUCGUGCCGCGAGGACACCGAGGACUCCUCGUCCACGGCCUCCUCGGUGGCGCAUCCGGCACCAGACGACUGCGACUGGGACUACUUCGAGCCGGGCGCGUCCGCGCAGCCGCCCCCGCCCAGGCACACGCCCCUGCCGUGCCCUAGGACGUGCUCCUGCGGCGCCGAGCCCAGGAUAGUGGCCGUGCCCGUGCCGGUGCCGGUGCCCGUGCCCGCCGCCCUCUGGCCCGCCCUCCUGGCGUUCCCCGCGCAGAACCCCCCCGCGCCCCACUGGAACACCUACCCGGGCUUCCCGCCGCUCGAUGCCGCGGCCCUCGCCAGGCUCACCACGGCCGCCGCGGUCGCCGUCGCCGCCACCGCCACCGCUGCCACUGCCACCGCCGCCGCUCUGCCACAGCCGAACAAGCUCGAGAUGACCGCCGAACGCAACGACACAGCGGCGAUACAGUCCGAAACGUCAGAGCAUGCGGCGCGCGAUAACGAUAACGCCGAUAAGCGCGCCGAACGCCCGAUCGAACGCACAGCGUCAGACGACAUCAAGGUGAUUGCCGAGGAUAGUGUGUCGGUGCUAUCGGGGCCAGCGGACGCCAUGCCGGGACAUUUGGACGCCGAAAAUGCGUUCCCGUCGUCCAACGAGUCUGCGGAAUCGAGCGAUUCGGAGGGAGGCGUCGCCCGGCGCAGCUAUGACUUCAGGAGCGGAGCGCCCGAAGAGCCUGCCACGUCGGACGAGGACUCGGAUGACUCGGGCGGGGGUGGCGUGGACUCUAUCUGCUUCUCCGAAGAUCGGCCCGCGAAUACGUGUAGCGAUGACAGCGACGAGGGAAGCAGCGACGACGCGGUGAAACGGUCGAACUUCGUUAAAUUUUGUGAUGAUAAUAUGCUCCGAAGUGAAACCUGCGAGAGAUACAACAGUUUUAACGCCAGUUGCAGCACUUAUAUAGAUAACUCCGAUUGCAGUAACAAUGACGAUAAUAAUCAAAGUAGAAGUACUAUAUCGGAAGUAAUCGAGUGCGACUCGUUGGAUAACAGUUUUAAUGCCGAGAACAGUAUAAAAGUAAAAGUGUCGGUGAAAUUACAAGAAGAAACGCGCGACGAGAAAGAUUCCGAUGGCUGUAGCGAGCGUGUCGCAAUGGCGGCGCCGUCCCCGGAGCCGAUUCCCGAUGACACUAAAGCGGAGAGGGCGGAAAAAAUAGACCUGUUCAAAGGUAUCGAGCGGACGCUCAGCGAGCUGUUGAAGAAAGAACUGUUGGAGGAGCCGGGGGAGGUGAAAACGUACGGCGCGCGGCCCGUUCGCGCCGGGGCGGAGGGGAGCGCGGGCGCACCUGACGCCGCGGCCGCGCCAGUCUGCCGCUCGCUCUCGCCCGGUGCGGACGGCUCCGCGCGCUUCACCAGCCGCGUUAUGAUAACGCACGACCGCGUCUCCGUCGUCACAACGGACACGACGCAGCUCAUGCGCGACAUCACGGUGCAGCACACGAACUCGCAAAACGAAACGCCCUCGGGCGGCGCGCGAACCGACACUAGCGGCGAGCGCGCUUCCGACGACGAGACGCAACCUUCGGGCGGGGUGACCGUCGUCAGCAACGCGGACACUCUCUCGGCGGUGGUUUGCCUCGAGGAGGGGCUCGCGGACGACGACUCGUGGGUGGAGGACGUCAGCCAUGACGAGGAAACGACCACGUCCGACAGCGAGUCCGGCGACGAGGCGUCGAUGCCCGCGCGCGGCGAGGAGUUCGCCUACUGCAGGCGCUCGCUGGACUUCACCCUGCACACGAUAGUCGAGGAGAGCUGCGAGGAGAGCGAGACGGAAAAUGCCACGAAGAAAUCGCGGCCGAUCUCGGCCACCGAGCUGGAGAAGUACUUCUUCUUCGGCCUCGGCGACGGGCGCAACGUACGCGACGACGAACCCGCCUCGGAAACGUCCAGUGUGUGUAGUGAGGGCGGUGAAUCGAUUGUGGACAGUGAGCAGCCGAAGAGGAGCGGCGACAACGAGGAGCUGGUGUCGUCGCGGCUGGAAAAAUACUUCUUGUCCGGUUUCAUGGGAUUUAAUCAGGAGAGGCGCGAUUCCGACGGCUCGGGGAGCGUCGGCAGUGAUAGCGAAGGUAAACAAAGCCCUGAGCAGAGACGCAAAAGACUAGUGCGCGCCCGCGGCACGCCUCGGUCGCAUUCUUCUUCGUUAGACAACUUGCUCGCCGGCGAUGAGCCUUCCCAAGACACUCAGGAAGUGUCGGACGGUUCAAGUACUGAAACUGAAGAUCGCCACGAAUCCCUCGAAAGGCUCGACAUGCAAGGCGAAACAAAAAGAAAGAAACAGUCUAAAAAGACCCGCGGGUCGCCCGCAGACGAGAGACGACAAUCGAUAGAGUUUUCCGAAGAAACCCGUGACGACACGAGGUCGGUGUCCGAGGGCGAAGACGGUAGGUUGACCCCUAGACCCGAAUUCCCACCGCUUGGAUCUGAAUUGUCCGAAUCUAAAAAGCAAACCAGUAGGGAUAGCGGCUUUGUCGGCAGCUGUGAUGAUCUGCUCAGGAACGGAGAUUCGAGCGCCGAGUUCAGUAGAUCUCACGAGCCCAAGUCAGAGUUGGAAGAAAUUGUCGAAGAAAUCAGGCCCGAUUUGGACGAACGCGUCGAGCGUCCGCCUUCGUCCCGUCCGCCGCCGAGCCCGUUAACGCGUAAAGACAGCUUCAACAAUUGGUCUUCGGACGAGGAAACGAACCUUAUGAUGACGAAAAUGAGACAGUUCUUCAAGCAAAUGGUGAACUCCGCGAACGUCAGGACCUCCACGCCCGCGUCGUCGAACUCAGAGAGCUCGCGGCCGCCUAAGCCGCCGCAACUUCUAUACUUCGAAAGCGAGCUCACGCGGCUCAUGAAAACCGUUCCGGGCAUCCGCGACGAGGAGGUGCGCGAGAUAGUCGAGUAUCUAUCGAGCGAGGACACGUGGAGCGACUCGUACGACUCUUCCGACUACGCGGGCUCCGAUUUAGAGGGCACGACGAACAGGUCCGCGUUAAGGAAGCAGAUAUCGGACAGCUGUCGCGAGAUCAUCGACGAGUUCGACAGGGGCGACGGCGCGGGCUCGCUUGAGCGCGACGCGGUCGGCGCCUACCAGAAGUUGGCGGCGACGCUGGGCCGCGCCGGCGAGGGCUCGCCGCCGCUGUUCGGCAAAGUGAUGCGCCACAUCGGCGGGCGGCUGGUGGCGCUCAUGCACGAGGUGUCCGCCGGCGCGUCGCCCAGCACGGACGACGACAGCGCGUCGGAGCCGGGCGCUUUGGCUCGGAGCCGGUCCCACGAUGUGCUCGAGGCGGCCGCGAGUAGGGGCAGCGUGGCGAGCGACUGCGAGAGGUUCUCUUGGCGGGGCAGCUUCGAGUCCGCCCUGCUGGCGGCCGACUCGCGCGGCACGCUGGGCGGGCCCGGCUGCGAGGCGAGGCGGUCGCCUGCGGGCGCGGAACUCGCCGCGCAGAAGUCCCACUCGAGGAGUUGCGGCGCGAUCGCCGGGAGCGAGGAUAGGCUGUGGCGCGGCAGGCGGCGGGCGUCCGCCCCUGACGCCGAGUCAGAAGAGGAGGAACGGGCGGGCUCCCUGCCGCGUCUGCCGUCCAUCACUGGGACCAAUACAGUUCCCGCUGGGCCCGUUAAGUCGGCCCGUUAUCGGGCCCCAGGGUUCCGUACAGCCACCAGAGCAGCAUCAGCGCCUGGUCUCCACGCGCCGAGAAGACGAAGACCGCCCCCGACACCACACCAGCCCACCCCAGCCGCCCCCGCCUCUGCGCCGAGCUUGCAGGAUGAGGUGUACAUGUCGGACACACUUUCAUCCGGAAACGCUACGCUGCCGCGGCGUUCCAGUUCCCCGCUACCCCACGACAGAGACCUGGAUAGAGAUCGGUUCCCGAUCAACAGAAGCGGCCUCCAGGCGCGCUCCGAGUCUAUGGCGUCGGUGUACUCGGGCGCGGGGGAGGGGGCCCGUGGUAGCGUGACCGUAAGGGGGGAGGUGCAGUUCUCGCUACUCUACAACUACAGGUUAGGCGCACUCGAGGUGGGCGUCAAGCGCUGCCGCGACCUGGCGCCAGUGGACACCAAACGAAACCGCUCUGAUCCUUACGUCAAGGUGUACUUGUUGCCAGACAAGUCCAAAGCCGGCAAACGCAAGACGAAGGUGAAGAAGGGCACGCUCUGCCCCGUGUUCGAGGAGACGCUGAGCUUCGCGCAGCCGCUGGCCUCGCUGUCCACGCGGACACUGUGGCUGAGCGUCUGGCACGCGGACAUGUUCGGCCGGAACGACUUCCUCGGCGAGGUGGCGCUGCCGCUCGCCGACCUGGUGUUCGACGACCCGGCGCCCGCCUGGUACAAGCUGCACGAAAGGACGGAACAGUUUGACGAGCACCAAGGCACUCGCGGCGACCUGAUAGUGGGUCUCAAGUUCGAGUCGCAGGACAACUCGGGCCGCGGCAAGGGCACUCUGCACGUACUGGUCAAGGAGGCCAAGAACCUCGUCGCGACCAAACCCAAUGGUCUCGCCGAUGUCUUUUGUAAAAGCUACUUGCUCCCCGAGCGCGGUCGGCUGGCGAAGCAGAAGACGUCCGUCGCCCGGCGUACGCUGAGCCCCCGCUGGGAGCACACCUUUACGUACCGGGGGCUCAGCUUGCAGGAGCUGGGCACGCGCGCAUUGGAGCUCAGCCUGUGGGACCGCGACAGGCUCGCAUCCAACGACUUCAUGGGCGCUGUAAGGCUGUCACUUGGCACCGGUACAUAUAUGGGCGCGAGCGUGAAUUGGAUGGACAGCAUGGGGAAAGAGGUGGCCCUGUGGCAGACGAUGAUGCAGCGACCGAACUUCUGGGUGGAGGGCUCCCUUCCUUUGAGGCCGCAGCUGAACAAC